CCAGCCCCUCACAACUUUGAACAACUUUUAAGAGUUUUUAAAUAUCUCUUAACUGUGUGUCUCCACGGACACCCUCCCUUUCUUCAGAAGAGCUCUGUUCCUUGAUCCAAGCUCUGUGUGUUGGUUAAGACGUGCACACAGACCCACACACACACACACACACAAUUGGGAAGUGUAUGUCCAGCACCCUUGCUGAAUCACUCAACAUAUUUCACCACAAUGAGAUGCUUGACUAGAAUUCUGUGUAGCAUUCACAUWCAACAAAUUCAAAUGCAUACCUCCAUACUAAACUAUUUAAAUACAGAGACUUUGAUUUUGCAUAAAGGAAUUGAUUAGGACAAGACAGCACAUGUUAUUUGAGGGUUUUUCUCCAGUCAGUACAUAUCUUGUUUUUGUUGUGUCCAUCUUGCGUUGUGAAUCCAAAUAGGCAUUCUCUACCCCACAGUCAUUUGAAUCAUUGUUCUAACUACUUGUCUUUACUUUCUUCCUGCUGAAUUCAAUCUGUUGCUCAUCCAAUUCCUGUUUUAAGUAUCAUUCAUCUCUCUCCUUUUAAGUUUGUAAUUCCAUCUAUUAUUCUUUCUCUUUCUCUUCCUCCUCUUCCACUUCCUCCAUAUACAUCAACGUUUCUCUGUCCUGCCACUCCUCCCUCUCUCUCUCUCUCCUCCUUCCUGCCUCCAUCCUCUGUCUAGAUUUGCCGUAAACGUAGACGCAGAGGAAGGGAAAGAGUGGAAAGAGGGUAAGGAAUGGAAAGAGGGCAAAGAGAAAGCGGUAGAUCAGAGCAGGCCGGUGUCUGUGAUGAGUUCCCUGAGCUACAGGAAGCGYUCCAACAUCAAUGACUCCAUCGGAGGUAAAGKGGAAGACAGCUCCCUCUUCAGUUCCCUCAAGAAGGACCAGGAGUCUAUCUCCUCCUUCCGUAAGGCCAAGCCCAAAGGCUCCUUACCCCAGGAUGACUCCUACUCAGUCAGAUCCAGCUCCUGGAGGAAGUCCCAGACUGGGAACGAUGAUGACCGUGGCUCGGUUAUCUCCCAGGCCUACACUGAAGCCACCAGCAGGGCUAGGAAGGGCAUGGACAGCCGCUGGGGAGACUUCGACAAAGAGUCCACCGUGUCCUCCAUGGCCCCCAGCCGGGCCUGCGUUGCCACGACGCGCUGUCGCCUGAGCCCAGAGGACGACACCAAGUCGACCAUCAGCCUGUGUAUGUCCAGUCCCCUGAGCCGCCGCAGCACUUCCGCACACCGUACGGACGAGUCAUAUGGAAGAAGUGGUCGCAGCCCCUCUCUCAGUCGCCGUUCUGGGGGCAGGAGCCCUGGCAGUGUGAGCUGUGCUGACUCACGCAUAUCUGACUUCCGCAGCUGUCGCCUCAGCGAGUUUGAUGACAUGGAGGACGGGCACAGCGUGGUCUUCACCGAGCGCACCUCAGCCUACAGCUCCCACUCCUCCACGGGACGCAGCCUGUCCAUGCCCCCGCCACCCGCCCGCUCCUACAGAGAUGAUAACGAGCUCCCUGACACCUCGGACAUCAAGCCGGCCACCGUCAGCCACCGCAACUACCUGGACCCCGACCUGGAGAAGGCCAUCAACGAGGUGCUCAACUUCAAACCCAUCAAGUUCAAACGCACCAGCCUGGAAGACUCAGAGGCCGAGGCAGGGAGGAAAGAGGAUGAUACAGAGGAUGACAGGAAGGGUGUGCUUAGUGUCAGGGGGAGAGGUGACCAGGAGGUGGACAGCGGGCGCAGCACCAGCAGUCUGAGACGGUCCGCGUCGGCUGUGGACUGUAGGAGGUCCUCGAGCAGCAUGAGCAGCCGCAGCAACAGCCACAGUCGCAGUCGCAGCCAUAGUCGCAGCCACAGCCGCAGCAACAGCCGCGGCAAGAAGAGCCAAGGUAAGAAGAAGAAGAAGAAGAGGAGGAGCCACGGCUCCGAGUCAGACAGCUCCAAUGAUGACCGCCGCCGCAAGAAGGGCAGCUCCAAGAAGAAGGACAAGAAGUCCAAAAAGGAGUCUUCUUCCUCAUCCUCGGAUUCAGAGUCUGACUCAGAGUCUGGCUCCAGUUCAGGUGCCUCCACCGUCUCCUACAAAAGCACCAACAGCGUGAAAAGAGCUCCUGGCCGCCAGGCCUCUAGCCCAGAGGGGGAGAGGGAGGCGGGGACGCCUGCUGAGGGGCAGCCCCCUCCUAACAAGAAAGAGGAGAAGAAUAGGAAGAAGAAAGUGGACAACCUGAUGAUGAAAUAUCUGUACAGACCGGACAGUGACUGAGGCUGGCAUCCUCCUAGCCGAAGACGGUUCUGCUUUGACAAAUCUGACGAAGAAGAGGUUGAAAAAGAAGGUGGUGCGUCCCGAGGGUCCUACCGCUCCAGAAACACACGGGGCAGCUACCUGAACAACAGUGACAGCGAAGACAAGCCCUCUGAGACAACAUAGUUCACACACACACACCAGCCAACAAACCCUGCAUGUUGAGAGGGCCCCUGUGGUGCUGUCAUCACACACAACCACUCUACUGUUCUUCUAACCCUGCAACAUGGCAAUGAUACUAUUACUAUCAUUAUUAUUCUACUGUUACAAAGCAGCUUGCAUUGCUAAGGUCUAGAGAAGGUGCCAUAGUACGUCAGUGUACAGUACACAACACUAAUGGUUUCUCUCGCUCUCCACUCCACUGGGCCAACCAUCUCUUAGUGUAUUUCACCAGUCACAUGUGACAAUGUCUCCAUCUUGGAUCUGGCCCCUCCAGUUGAACAGCACCUCCAUUAAUAAUGGCUUGUAUCUCCUGUCUCUGCUGGCUGCAUGAGGACAGCUGCUGCUUGGCUGGCGCCAUCGUCUCCUACUUCCUAGACUCUGUCAUCGUCAUCAUGGUUGUAACUGAGCCAAAGAACUAGCUAUGUUCCCUUGUGUUUUAUCACUGCAUCGGGGGACCAAAAAGACAAAAAAUCUAACAAAAAAAGAUGGAGGAAAUAAGUACCAAAAAAAGCCUUUGUUGCAAGUAGAUGUGUACACUGUGUUAUUKCUUAWCAAGUAUAUGUGUACACUGUGUUAUUGCUUACCAAGUAUAUGUGUACACUGUGUUAUUGCUUAUCUGAGUCCUGGUAAAAAGACCAGAGUUUUUUGGGGGGAGAAGUGCCGUUGAUAUACAGUACAUAGGGUCCUCUACAGCUGUGCUUAGAUUCUGGCUGCAGCGCCGCGCCAUCCCCUGAAAGAAGACGCUUUCAUCGGCUCAUCUGCUUGUUUUAUAUUGCUUGUUUAAGCAGGAGAAUAAUGUUUCCUAACAGGAAGACAACAGAAGAGAGCUGCAGCACCAAACUGCUUUGUGAUGAAAGUUUAGCCCUUCUCUUCUUUUUUUCUUUUUGUUUUGAUGUUUGAAGAAGAUCAUUUGUUUUCGAGAGUCCUGCCAUCAAGAAAAUGAAUUUCCAGGAGGUUGGAGCGUAGCAUACCCUAUGAAAUGCCUUGCCUUUUAUUUCAACUUGAAUUGAACUAAGUACUUUGCAGAAAUGCUUUUGGGGUGAGAGUCUUUGGCUCAGCUGUUUUUUUUCUUCUCUCUGUCGUUGUGGUUGUUGUUCUCAUGCUUUUCACUCGUUUUCUCUCCAUUUGAUGUUUGCUUGCCAAAGGGAACGAUAUUGAACACCAUGCUUUAUGAUGGUUUGCCUUUAGUUUAUAUCUCCUUCAACACCCACAUGUUUUCUUUUUCUGAUAAACCAUACUGGAUUACACAUGGUGAGGAUUUGGGGUCCUCAACCCGCAUGGUAAAUCCUCCUGUGUUGCAUCACCACUCUGUAAACUGGAUAUAAUGCAUUCAAAUCCUUUUCAGUGUUUCUGAAGCCUAUUUGUCAUGUAGGAUUCAUCAGUAUUCUGUCCUGAACCAAUGCUACCCUUUAUAACAGCGCAACAGUUUAACCAGGAAGAUAUUAAAGACCCACGCUUUUACAGUUGCUUGGUGUUACAAUGAACCCUUCGGCUGUCUCUUUAGUAUGUAUGAAUUAGCAUUAAUGAAUUUAGCAGGCCUGCCAAAAUGUGUAUUAUCCAUCUGUACAUGGCAAGUGGGGCCGAAACGAUUUUGUUGAUACUCUGCGUGAAGGGAUAAGUUUGGUGUGAUUGAUUAAAGACACUCGUCUAUCACAUCCCCUUGUUCUCUAUGCCAGGGUUUCCCGAACUCGGUCCUGCCCCUGUGCCGGGUGCAUGUUUUGGUUUUUGCCCUAGCACUACACAGCGGAUUCAAAUAACCAAAGCUUGAUGAUGAGUUGGUUAUUUGAAUCCACUGUGUAGUGCAUGGGCAAAAAACUAAACCAGGACCGAGUUUGGGAAACCCUGCUCUAUGCAGUCAACGUGACUUUUAAAAGGAAUUUUAAACUGUUUUAUGAUGUCGUUGUAUGAUACUCUUAAACCUGAGUCAUCAUAAAACACCUGGGGGAAAAAAUGAAAACAAAGAAAUUAGUGAACAUAACAUUGCUGACUGUACACAUUAAUAUUUAUAUAUAUAUAUAUAUAUAUAUAAGUAUCUGUAUUGAUUCAUAUUAGCUUUCAAAAUAGUUCAUGUUUAUUUUCGUUAUUGAACAAAAUGACCACUUGUUAUAAGUAAUAAUUUUGCAUUACAGUUUAAUAUAUUGUAAAUAAAUGACGACUCCAGACUGUAA